UUGUUGUGCUCUAGUCUUAAUUAAGUCAGGCAGAACUAGGCCCCUCCUUCAGCGUGAAUCCUGUAGCAAAAGCUCUGACCCCAUUAUCUAAAUCAUUAUCCACCACUCCCUAACUCAUGUCUGGAAACCUCUCAUGCGAGCAGCUUUUUCAACUGUUAUUUAUUAUUCCGAAUUCGCUCGCGAUGUGACCUUCGUCUAUCUAAAUAUGCCAGCCUCAAAUUUCAAAGAGUAGUGGUACUAGCUAGCGUCUGUUGCGUAACUUGCAGUGCUUUGGUCUGUUUUUAAUAAAUUGAUUAUUGUGCUUUUCAACACCUGACAUUGAAUCAACUCAAUACGUAUGAGCUUGCAUAAUUUGGUAGAGUAAAAUGGGCAACUCUAGCAGCAUUACGAAGCCAGAAGAGCUCGUUAGGUUCCGAAAGUUGAAUACAUCUUUCGACGAUGUCGACAUACCAGCUCGUCCUGAAAACAGGACACUCACUGAUAAAAAAGGUUUUGUAAUUUUUGGCAUAUGCAUCCUCCUUUUGCUUCCUUUUGUCAUUUAUGCAUUAACAAAAUCAGACCUUCGGCAUCUCGAUUCCGGUUAUGACGACUGCGGCAACUUUUGUGGAUACCAAAACGAAAAAAUUGAAGGAAUCUCUUGCUCUGGAAAGGAUUAUACCGCACAACCAUUUUCAGAUAAUUUGAAAUGUGUGACGCAAUGCCCCAAAGAUAGUUUAGCAGGUGUUUGCGUCGACGAAGAGGCACAACUUGAUGACAUCGUUGAGGAUAGUGAUUUCACUGAGACAGGCUCAAUUGUAUGGAGAUUUAUUGUUUCUAUUUUGAUCACAAUAAGUUUGAGUAUUGUAGUACUAGUGCUUCUGAGGUUCAUUCCCGCCAUUGUAGUAUGGAGCUGUUUAGUUCUUACUGUUUUAAUGCUGAUUGCUAUAACGUUCAUACUCUGGUUUAGUGUUGCUCGAGCCAAAGACGUAAAUAAAGGCGAUUUCGAAGAGUUUUCUAGAAAUGGAGUGAAGUUUGACGUGCUAACACCUUUAACCGCAUUAGCAUCAAUAUGGACAAUAAUUGCCUUGGUUCUUAUUAUAAUUAUCGCAGUCGUAUUUAAGAAAAUUAAAUUGGUAAUACUACUGUUCAAAGAAGCAACUAAGGCUCUUGCUGCAAUGCCCAUGUUAAUGUUAAUACCAGUAACAGUGACCAUCAUCCAGUUCAUCGUAAUUGUUCUUUUCAUUGUCACAACUAUUUACAUACUUGCUGCCCGACAACUUGUGCGACUAGAAAACGGGCUUUACUACUACGAAGUAAAUGGAGUAAUAAUAUUUGCUUUUGUGUUCAAUCUCGUCAUGCUUAACUAUGUAGCACGAUUUUUUGCUGGAAUUAAUUACAUGGUAAUAUCUGGAAGUGUCUCGUCUUGGUUUUUCACUAGGAACAAGGAGUAUUUAGGUUCUCCAAUUUUGACAAGUGUUUCCAACACUUUUAAAUACCACCUUGGCACUGUAGCGUUUGGGUCUUUUCUUAUGCUCUUGUUUGGUUUUGUUAAAAUGAUUAUUAAACCUUUGUGCAGAAAUGCUUGCUGUAGAUGCAUAUGUAUGAUGUGCUGUACGUAUGUUGAUAUUCUCUUCCAAUUUCUUUCGGAAAAUGCUUAUAUAGAAACGGGCAUCCAUGGACAGUCUUAUCUUAGAUCGGCAAAAAGGGCCACUAAGUUGUUAUUGAAAAAUGCAAAAAGUGUAAUUGCGAUUAACUGUGUGGGGGAUUUUGUUCUGGGAAUAAUUGUGUUUCUGUUAGCUAUUGUAACGUCGGUCAUUUCCAGUACACUGUUUGCAAGUUCUGGACCCAUAUACGUUUAUGGCCCGAUUUGUUUUAUCAUAAAUUUGAUCAUCGUUGUCAUUACCUUUGGAGUAUUUCAGAUUAUAAUAGAUACUCUCUUUAUUUGCUUCUGUGAAGACUCGGUUAUUAAUGAUGGAAUCUCAAGACCGUUUUACAUGACAAGAGGCCUUAUGGAAUUUGUUGAACACUCGAAGAAGUUGUAUGGUGAAAAGUACUAAUUAUAUAAAGUGUUAAAUGUUUCUACGCUUCACCAUAUAUAUAUUAUCUUUAUAACAAUUUUGUAUUUGCAAAUGUGCCCAAACAAGCAGUUUACAUAUUUAUAAAGUAUAUUCUUCAAUAUUUGAAACUAUGUAUUAAAGUUCUUGUUCAUAUUUUAAGAAUUAAUUUAGAUAUUAGAUAAUCAGACGUUUGUACAACUUUAAUGUAGGUAUAUUGUGCUUACAAUAAUUUGAAAGUCUAUAUUUACAUAAGGUUUAGUCUGAAAUAAAUAUUUUUUUAUUUAA